AUGGCUCCUGAGGAAUUCACUACAACUACACUGGCAUACAAUCCAUCAGUGGAAACUCACUAUGUGCGGGAGCAGACAGCACGUGAGACAACAGUUUCACACCCAAAAACGCACAAAGGGAAGAUACAGCAACUACCUGAACCACUAACUCAGAUUCUCAGUCCAAUGGACAGAGAAGCUAGAGUACUGGGAUACAGAGAGAAGAAGAAGAAAAGAAAGUUUGAGAAGACAAUAAGAGAGAAGACCAAGGAUCAAUGGACGUUUUGCCAAAUUGAGCGAGACCGAAGCAGAGGACCAAGAGUUCAGCACAAUGCUAAUGUAUGA